GUGGUGAAUUUAAAAAAAAAAAAAAAAACAUGUUUUCGACACUCCGUCGCGCCGUGUUACUCCGUCGAUAUCCGGCCGUGAUUUCUCCGGUGAAAAAGGCAUUCAGCAGUAAAAUUUACGAUGAAAUCGAUCCGCAAAUCAUGAAUAUAGAUGAGCUGAAUCAGGAAAUGAAGUCAAUCUUUGGAGAAGAACCAUCUCCCGAUGGGUUUUCUGGUCCUGCCACAAUGGAUUUCUCUGAGUUGAAAUCGAAAGCUGAAUCUCUGAAGUCGACAAACCCGGAGAGUUCUGAUCUUUUAUCCCGUAUUGAGUAUCAGAAAUCGAGCAAAGAACAACCUGCACUAGUGGCUGGUGAUAUGUCUAAGCUAACCCAUGUUGGGAUCUCAGGGGAAGCUCAGAUGGUUGAUGUAUCUUCCAAGGACAAUACUAAGAGAACUGCAUUGGCUUCCUGUAAAGUUUUUCUUGGGAAAGGAGUAUUCGAUUUGGUCUUAGCGAAUCAAAUGGGGAAAGGAGAUGUUCUUGGAGUGGCGAAGAUCGCUGGCAUUAGUGGAGCAAAACAAACUAGUAGCUUAAUCCCAUUGUGUCAUAACAUUUCUCUUACGCAUGUUCGUGUAGACCUAAGACUAAACCCUGAAGAUUUUAGUGUUGACAUUGAAGGAGAAGCUUCUUGCACUGGAAAGACUGGAGUUGAGAUGGAAGCUAUGACUGCUGUCUCAGUUGCUGGUUUAACAGUUUACGACAUGUGUAAGGCUGCGUCGAAAGAUAUCAGUAUUACAGAUGUGAGACUCGAGCGUAAAACUGGUGGAAAGAGUGGAUAUUGGUCCAGAGGGGAGUGAACACAAUGAACAUUUGUCUCCGUAGCUAUGAGAGACUGGAACAGUGGAACUACGUGUAACACUAUGGCUUGUCCGGGCAAGUAAAGCCGGCUGCGAAAAGAUCAGGUCAAGUUUGGUACUUUGGUAAUAGAGCAAUUUGAUGUGGAAUAUGAGAAUUUCACCUAAAUCCUAUGUGAAACAAUUUAUGAAGACUUUUUUAAGUCAAUGCUUGCAACUGUACAGUCUUAUUCAUAUUUGUGUCCACAUUCUUUAGACAGUUGCGAUAGAUUGGUUCACAGCAUUUAAUUGGUGGUCACACAUACCAAUAUCACAAGAUUUAGUACUCUUCCCCUUUUUUUAUAAAUUUUCUUUUGUACUCGUUUAAAGAAGAGGAUUAUAUUCGUGGUUAUGAUGUAGUAAUAUAUAGUAGUAUGAUGUAAACAUAUCGAAGCAUUGAAUAUGAAAAUUCCGAAUCUUGGAUGUCA